GGCUCUUUCCUGUGGGAGAAGCUGGAAGUGGAUCUAAAGUUGCCCCGAGGCUCCAACUGCUCUGGGCACUGUCACUGAACAAUGGGAUUGUGGAGGAAGAUUGUCCAGAGUAAGGCCAAGUUCACCUUUUGCCGCUCCUACCAGUUUGCGCUGCUCUUUGCUGCUGCACUCGCGGUGUUUGCCUUUUACUACUUUGGAUCCAACCAUGAAAAUUUUUCCAGCGCUACCAGGCGAAUGAAAGAAAACCAGGUAGGAAAGAGUGUACAGGGCGAUGCUCAGCUGACGGUGAAUCUCAGCGGGAAAAAAGCGGCGGAGCCUCCCGGAAGCGCCCCGUUUGUUAACAGCGAGCCGGGGAAGACCGCCGGGAAAGAGACGGCGCAGUUUCAUGCUCUCAUGAUGUUCACCAAGGUUGACAAAAACUACGGUUUUCAAGAAAAAAUUAUGGUUGCCAUUAAGUCGAUGGUGAAACACGCGAUGUUUAAGGAUAACGAGGUGCUCCAUCUACAUUUUGUUGCUGACAUGCCUAGCAAGAAAAUAGGAGAACCCCUUCUGCAAGAACUGCUGCAAGGCGCUGCCUUCAAGUACCAGGUUAUAUUCCAUGAUGUGGAUGUGCUGACUCAAAAGUUGUUCCCUGUUGUUGAAGGAAUGCAGAAACACUUUAGUGCUGGAUCUGGUGCCUACUACAGUGACUCCAUUUUCUUCUUGUCAGUUGCCAUGCACAGAAUCAUGCCUACAGAAAUGACUCGUAUUGUACAGUUGGACCUGGAUUUGAAAUACAUGUCUAACAUCAGGAGCCUGUUUGGGGAGUUUGAGAAAUUCCAGCCAGGAGCUGUAAUAGGGAUCGCCAGAGAAAUGCAGCCUGUUUACAGGCACACCUUCUGGCAGUACCGCAGAGAAAAUCCCAAAACCAAAGUUGGCGACCCUCCACCAGACGGCCUUCCCGGCUUCAAUAGUGGAGUCAUGCUGCUAAAUUUAGAAGCUAUGCGUCAGUCAGAACUCUAUAACCAACUCCUGAACAUGGAGAAUGUACGGAAACUUGCAGAAAAGUAUCAUUUUAAGGGCCAUCUCGGUGACCAAGAUUUCUUCACAUUGAUUGGAAUGGAGCACAUGGGCCUCUUUCAUGUUCUGGACUGUACAAACAACAAGCAGCUCUGUACCUGGUGGCGGGAUCACGGAUAUGCUGAAAUCUUUGAUCUGUACUUUAAAUGUGAUGGGCAAGUAAAAAUUUACCAUGGCAACUGUAACACACCAAUCCCGGAUGACUAAGUAUUAGAAACGUUUGAAAGUGUUUGCCGAUGCCUUACAAUGCACAAUAUUUUCUAUUGUUGGAAAAAUCUGUUCAUAUGACUUGAAACACUUUUCAUUUUACCCAUUUUAAAAUUUCUAUUUUAUCCAUUCCAUUUGUUCUACCUCCUUUCUGAUCAAAUUGCAGGCUCUCAUUUUGUGUGAAUGAUGAUCACUGAAAUAAAAAACCUAUGAAAUUAAGACAGUAAAAUCUAAUAAAUCCUAGAAAGCUGGAAUGAUCAAAAAGUGUCAUAUUAAACUUAUUGGUAUUUUCCACUUGCACAUACUUGCUCUUUAUACAAAUUGAAAUUUUCUUUAUUUGAUUGCCUGAUGUUUAUAUUUUCCCAAUCUCUUGUGAGGACACUGUUUGGUGCUUCUCUGUGAUGGUCCAGUUUGCUGCGGGAGGAAUUACUGGUGUAGAUCCACUUUUCCCCCAUUCUUUAUGCAGCACUGUACAAAUAUAUUUUAAACACUUGUGUACUGAUGACUGAUUUGUAUCAAAUUGUAUCUGUUCUUUAAAUCAUUGCAUGUCCUGCACAGAGCAAUUUUCUUUCACUUGGUUGCUUCUUAUGAAACUUGCACCAUGUUAAAUUAAUUCUAAAUAAAGCACCUGAAAGCCUCUACCCUUCA